GGGGCCAUGCAGCGCCGCGGCCCCCGCGCAUCACCGCUCCGGCCGGGCGGCGAGGAGGCAGGGCCGGCAGUGGGGGAUUCCUGGCCCCCCAAAGGAGGUGUUUGGAAGCGGGGCGCACUGGCUGGGCGGGGGGCUGCCAUGGUGCUGGCCCCCGCCGCAGGGAGAUAGCAGCGAUGGUGGCCUGAGGGCGCCGGGCCCGCGCGCAGACAUGGCCUUCGCCCAGUCCCACAUCAUGGCAGCCAGGAGGCACCAGCACAGCCGGCUCAUCAUCGAGGUGGAUGAGUACAGCUCCAACCCCACGCAGGCUUUCACGUUCUACAACAUUAACCAGGGACGCUUCCAGCCCCCACAUGUGCAAAUGGUUGAUCCGGUGCCCCAUGACGCUCCGAAGCCUCCAGGAUACACACGAUUUGUCUGUAUUUCUGAUACUCACUCAAGAACUGAUCCCAUCCAAAUGCCAUAUGGAGAUGUGUUAAUACAUGCUGGUGAUUUUACUGAGCUGGGACUUCCUAGUGAAGUAAAAAAAUUCAACGAGUGGCUAGGUAGCCUGCCCUAUGAAUACAAGAUUGUGAUAGCAGGAAAUCAUGAAUUGACCUUUGACCAGGAAUUCAUGGCUGACUUAAUCAAGCAGGACUUUUACUAUUUCCCCUCUGUUUCUAAGCUGAAGCCAGAGAGCUAUGAAAAUGUACAGUCUCUUCUAACAAACUGCAUCUAUCUUCAAGACUCUGAAGUGACGGUGAGGGGAUUCAGAAUAUAUGGCUCCCCUUGGCAACCUUGGUUUUAUGGCUGGGGCUUUAAUCUUCCACGAGGCCAAGCACUAUUAGAGAAAUGGAACCUUAUUCCAGAUGGAAUAGAUAUUCUUAUAACACAUGGACCACCUCUCGGUUUUCUAGACUGGGUUCCUAAGAAAAUGCAACGGGUAGGAUGUGUUGAGCUGCUGAACACAGUCCAGAGACGAAUACAGCCAAGGCUUCAUGUUUUUGGACAUAUCCAUGAAGGUUAUGGUGUCAUGGCUGAUGGAACCACCACCUAUGUGAAUGCAUCUGUGUGCACUGUGAAUUACCAGCCACUUAAUCCGCCUAUAGUUAUUGACUUACCUACUCCAAGGAACACAUGAUUAUAAUGAGGAUUUAAAGUUGUACCCAACACAUUAGCAACUUUAUAUUGCUGGCUGAGAAUCCCAAUAGGGAACCAUUCAACAAAAAAAAGCAAAAUCCUUCUUUUUUUCCCUGCUAGCUCCUCACAGAUAAAUUUAGAGAAACAAAAGCGGACAAGGAACAAAGACAUUUUGGUGCCAGAAACAGAUUAAAGACUAACAUUUCACCAUUAAAAUGUUUGUGAACACAGAAAAGUGAAUGCAUUCCACAUAUAUAUAUAUAUAUACACACAUAUAUAUAUAUAUAUAUACCUAUAUAUAUAUCUAUCUAGUAGGGGCUUUUGUACAUACCAUAUACUGGACUUAUUAAAAGAACGAUGUCUUUCAAAGGAGUGUUUCUUUAAGAAAGUUUGCAGUUUAAACAUAAGUGUUUAGACUAGGAUUUCCUCAUUUCAGAUGUUUUCCAGUGAGCUCUUGGUAAAAAAAAAAUGAUGCUUUCCCUUAAUCAACAUGGCAAAUAUAAAAGAUGGUGCACAAAUGACCAGUCACAGGAGGAAAGCUAUUUCUCCAAGUCCUCCAGGUCUAAGUCUUUGCAUCUAUUCAAAACCAAUGCAAUAGAGGCCCUAAUUCACUGUACUGAAAUGAAGUUUUACUACAUCUGGCAUUACAGAUGGCAAGGGAAAUGGUGCAUAUUGCCAGCAUGCUGUAAACAGCUCUACAUUCAAGAAGGGAGACUGUGUUAAGUGCAGUAUAAACUCAGGAAUUUGUAACCUGGCCUCGCCUGUUAAAAAAAAAAAAAAAAGAAAGAAAAAAAAAAAGGAUGACAUUUCCCUUAAAAAAAAAGGAAAAAAAUAUAACUGUGUUUUCAUAUGGUAAAGAGAUAUGUGAUUGUAUUUAAGGAAAAAAGAAAGAGAUAAAACCUGCAAAGAGCCCACCCAUGAUUAGUAAUGGUAUUUUAAAAAAAACCCACUGGGACCAUUGGUUUAAAACCUGCUAAUGGGACAUGCAGCCAAUGAUGAGAUGACUGGUUUGAAUUUGGCCCUGGUCAGGAGGGGUUAAAUGUCAUUGUGAUAAUUUUUAACCUUGGGAAACAUAGAUGGCAAGGGGAAGACAUCAACCCAAUGUGUAGUUUGGGCACUUGCUUUUGGGUGACUGUGAGUAAUGGGUACACACCAAAGUGUGCAGAGCAGAGGUCACCUCACCAGGGGACCUGGUACUGCUCUUUGCCCACUCAUGGACACUGCUGAGACCCAGCACAAACCCAGUAGAAACCCACCUGUUGUGUUGCUUUGGCACCAGGCAAAGCAGGGGAUGUGUCAGGAGCUGGUUGGGAUGGUCCACAGCCAAAGUACUGCUCGUGCAGCUCUCCUGCAGUGUCAGAGGUAUGAAGCUGCUGGGAUUUCAGUCCUGUACUAGGCAGAAGCUUAAGAAUUUAUUACUAAGCCACCAAAAAACCCCAGGGCUUCAGACAUGUCCUGCAAGAAAUGGAUUUCUGCCUUGAACUUACAAGCAUGUCCUUUUGACUUGGUGGAGAUAAUUUUACUGCUGUAUUCUGAAUGUGGACAUCCUGAAUUUGGGGCUGACAGCAUCUAGACAUUAAUCUUGUUCACACACAUUGGGCAGACCACAGCACUGCCAGCUCAGAGUUGGUUGCAGGUCUGUGCAUAGCCCACACCUGCACACAUCCAUUGGAGAAUUGUGUGUGUUACAUGGAUGUAAAUGUGAGUUUUACGUAGCAGCUGCAUGUACAUUAUACACAUAAACAAUUUAAAAUGCCUGUGUUGCAAAAGCAGGCCAUGUGAGCUUCAACUCUGAGCAAGGUGGGCACAAACUCUGCUUUUCACUGGCUUCCCAUGUGCAGCAGCUCUUCCAGGUGCUGCCUGGAGCCAAGAUGUUCAAGCCCAGUAACUGACUCAUGCUGUGGACCCACAAGAAACCACCAGACCCCCAGAAAACAUGACAAGUCACAGGUCUGUCAUUUCUUGUAAACUGUUGGGUGACCGUGUGUCUAAACUAAUGUGCUGCUUUUUAUUCCUGAAUACAAAACCCAAAAUGAUUGGUGACGCCUGCAACUGGUUUUUGGGUGAGUGGUUCACAAGUGCGUGAGCAGUUUGCCAUUAAUUCAGAUGGGGCCACUUUUGUCACAGCUACUGGUGUAGAAAUUUCAGCUUCUAAAUCAGUAAGAGCUGAAAAUCAUAGUUGAAUAUGAACUCCUGUCAUCAUUGGGAAGAUGAACAAUAGCAUGUAGUUAGAAUAAAAGUGGCUUAGGUAGUCACAAUUCAAGUGGUUUGCAACAAAUGUGGCAGGAAAUUGGCUGUAUGUUAAAGUCUGAAAUGUUUACAUUUGCUCAUGGCACUUAAAUGUUAAAGUGAAGGGAAGAGGUUCUUUUAUUAGCCUCAGCAAAAUUUCUAUGUCAACCAUAAAAUAUUCUCUUAAAAAUAAUUUUUCCUAAGGUAUCUUCCAAAUACUGUGUAUUUUUAUGUGGAAAGGAUAUGAAAGCAACUGUUACUUCAAAAUAUCAUUUAAAGUACUUGAGGUAUGAAAGCUUAAAGAUUAUUUAAUCAUUUUGACAUAACUUGAGUGUUGUAAUUUUUGGUCAAGCAUGUUAGACGAAUAAAGUCUUAAAAAAAAAAAACACAAACGAAAAACCACACAACAAAAAAUAAGGUCUCUUAAUGUUCAGCUCAUGUGAUCAGCCCCAUGUUGGAAUGACUGCUAUCUUCUCCAGGGACAGGAGCCAGGCUGUGGGACAUUAAAGUUGUUAUGGAGGGGGAUCAGCAGAGGGUGCCCUGCUCUGUCCCUCAGCUUCCAGCCACCAAAUCUCCUGCAGAGGGUAAUGAGUUCAAGGUUGGGAUUGCAGAGAGAGGGGAAGACACCAACCACUGCCUGUAAUGGAUGUAUUUUGGUGGGAGAGUGUGCCAGGUGUGUCUAGGAGGGAGGGAAAAGCUAUGGUGGGAGUGCUGCAGCACAGCUCUGGAGAGGGCAGGAGCUAGGAUGCCAUUUUUUGGGAGGGGGCAGCAGCUGGGAGGAAAGAGAGUUCCUGUUCUGAGCUGGGUAUAAGGACACAUCUUCACAGAGAUGGAGAUUAAUAUUUUUGUUUUAACUUUGUGGGACAGAAAGACCUGAGUUUCUGAUCUGCUUCAGAUAAGGGAGGCCAUGAAAAGGAAGAUGUCCACAAAUGCAGCUGUGCAGUUAUCAGCUCCAUUUAAAUUUGAGCUGGCCUCUCAAGUAAUUUCCUGCCACACCUCCCCAUUGCUGACCUUCACUGGUAUUUAUCCAGGUGACUGUGCUCCUGAAGGAAGGUGUGCUGAUGUAUAUCACUAAUAUGAGCAUUCCCAUCACCAGGCAGAAUUGUUGGCUGAGAUUAAUUCUGGUUCCUUUCAGCCAUGAAUAGGGGAGAUAUCACUGCACGUCAAUGAAAAAAAGAAAAAAAAAGAUGACAAGAUUAUUUUUACCUCCCUCAGUCACAUACGGCUGAGGAUGUGAAAUGUUCUUUGACUAAGAAGGAAGGAGCAGGCUGGAACUCAGCACUCACCCAAGCAGCUGCUUUUGGUGCCCCAGGAAGGAUCAAAAACCCUGUCUUGGGGUCAUGCUGGGAACACAGAAGGUGGGAAUGUGCUCUGCUCUUGCUGCAGGAGGGAGCCAGAGGAGAUGAGAAGUGGUUUGUCUUUUCCAGUCACUGACUGCUGCCAACAGUUAAUGCAAAUACUUCAGAGGAAGGGGGAACGAGACAUCCCUUAGAAGGCAAUUUUUGGAAUAAUCUGCCCAUGGGGAUCUUUGCCCCCCUCCCAUUUAUUGCUGUUUGUGUGAAAAUUUCUCUCUUAAAACCCAUAUUAUUGCUUUCUGCUCAAGUAACUCACACAGAGCAAAUAUAACUGCAAAUGGUCUUUCCUUUCAGGUACAUUCCUGUCCCUUUCUUGCAAGUCUCUCUGCAUCUGUGGUUUUAGUGAUAUUUUGGAACAGGGAACACCCUGGAUGAUUAUGCACAGUGCAUUAGAACAACAGUAUUUCGCUUCUCCUUGUAUGUGUGCUGCUGCUUGGGUUUAUUGACUGUCCCUUUGCUCUCUUUUUAUGUGAAAAGUGAAAAUAGGAGCACUUACACACACCUCUUUUGUGCCAUUUGUUAUUUUGUAUAUUGGCCAUUAUAUUGCUUUUUACUCACUUCAUCUAGAAAUUAAAAUAAUUUCCAUUCUA